AAUAAAGCAAUUUUAAAAAUAAUGGCUAAAAAAAAGUUCAAUGAAAUUCGGUGCUCUGUAACAUGACGUCACCGGUGCAAACAAUCAGUUUCCAGUUACACGCGGUUUAGUUUUGGCGCGCCUGGCUGUAUUUGGACACAGGCUGAAACAUAUUUGACCAUUUAGGAAGUAAAUCUAUUUCCAAGGAUGGAUGAUCUUAUUAAGGAUGGAAAGAACGAUAAGUGGGUGGUAUGCAAGUUUUGUGAAUCAAAGGUUCUGAGACCAAGCGCCGCUAGCUACGAAGAAAGAGAGCUGUUCUUGCCCUUUAUGCAGAAAAAGAAAAACUUGGCUGGCUCGGAACAUCAAGGUGAAACCCUCAAAAGUCACUGGCUGGUUCCUGAUAUGUUUGCAUUUGAAAAUGUUGGCUUUUCCAUGACAGUAGACUCCAUUAAAUAUCUGGCUUGUGCUGACUGUGAAUGUGGACCAAUAGGAUGGCAUGAUAUCAAUGACAAGACAAAAUAUUACAUUGCAGUUGAACGAGUGGAACAUAGACAUCUAUCUCAACAAGAAUAACUGGUUAUGGUUUAGAACAUUUCUGUUUCAAGGGACUAUCCUUGUUUUCUUAGAACUAUCAUAUGAUUAUACAAAGUAUGCCAUGUAUGAUUUAGAGAUUGACCCAUGGAGGUAGAUUAUUCUUUUCACUUAAGAAGUUCCUUUAUAAUACUUCUUUAUUGUUUGUGAUUUAAGCUAAUUGAUACAACAGAAUUUGGAGCCAAGAUUUGGGAUACGAGUUAGGGUCUCCUGUCUGGAAUGCUGCAAGAAACUCCAAACAUGAAAGCCUACCAGCCAAAUCUUUUGUACUAUUCCGGGUUACUUUCAUACUAAUCAUUAAUGAUGGAAUCCAGGAAUUUUCCAGGGUGCAAAUGGUAAAGACAUUCCACCAAGAACACUUAAAUUAUUUUUGUGGUGUAGACGGUAGAAAAAUUAAUGUAAUGCUUCUUAAAUGACUGGAAAAGUGUUUGCCCAAUCAAUUUCUUUUACUUUAAUUUUCAAAUGCAGGGGGUAGCAUAGAUUGUUACAAUUUUAUUUCUCCAUUUUCUACUUAGAUUAGUAACUAAGUAGAAAAUGGAGAAAUAAAAUGGUAAAAAAUUAAGAUCAGAUAUCCAACCACUGUCACGGACAUGGUUUCCUUUGUUUAACCUUGAUAAAUUAUUAAAUGGGUUUGAGAAGAAAAAAAAUAUUGUAAAAUCCCAGGAGUUUCCCUGGAAUUCCAAGCGAGGUGCAAACCUUGUUAAUUUUUCUGUUAGAUUUCUUCCUUGUCUUGUGUGAAGUUCCUUGAGACCAGACCCUAAAAUAUCCCUGCCAGACUUUAAACCUUUCCCUACAGGCUAUAAAAGGGCAGGACCUACAGGUAUUAAUUUAUUUUAACAAUGGCCAAUCGCAAAAUGGUUAGCUGUGUGAUAUAGCUUCAAACUGGCUCCAGGAGAAGGUAAACAACAAAGACCAUGACACAAACAACAUAGUGAGUCAAUUUUAUUUACAAAACAUAUUUUGAAUUUAAAUGAUUUAAAACAAAACUGUUGAGUUCCCAUACAGAAACCCUUAGGGCUUAUAAAUCACAUCUAUGUUACACAUACAGCUUAACAUAAGCAAGAGUAAUGUUUGUAUAUUUCUUGCUUAAUGGUGACCUGAUACAAUUGAGAAGCCAUUUUUCAAUGAUGACAAAAGAAAAAACUUUAUGUAACAUCAGCUUAGUCAAAAAGUUAGGAAGUAAAUCAAAAACGAGAAUUAUUGAUAAGAAAUUUCCUAUUAUGUCAUCUCUCGACACUUUGAAAAAUAAAGAACAAAUAUAUAAAUAAACUGAACACGUCUUUGAUGUUACAUAAAAGAAAAUAAGUAAGACAAAUAGUUGGUAAGAGAUUACAAAAACAACAGUUUAUAAGUAAACAGUAAAUAAUUAUGAAGAAUGUGAUGAAAACCUCACCUAAUUUCCCUCCUUGCACAAUCCCAAAGGAGCUCCAAUGUUAAACCCCAGGGGGAUCACCCAGCUACAAGCCUCAUCAUAAUUAUUGUUGAAACACUUCAGUUUUCACCUAUGUUGCCCCUCCCCACCCCAGAACAAUGUUAACAAAACACU